AUGGUUGUUGUGGCAAGGAUGAUGAAUGGCACCCUAGUUCUCCUUUCUCUAGAUCAUGAUUCCUUCUGGACUGAUCCAAGUGACUUUAAGGAUAUAUUUAACUGGAAGCACUUCAUAGAUGCAUUAAAAGAUAAUGUUGAAAUUGUGAAGUCUCUGCCACCGAAAUAUGAAAGAGUCAAACCAUUUACAAUGGCACCUGUCUCAUGGUCUAAGGGUUCAUUUUACAGAGCUCUACACAAAAAUCUAAAGAAGCACAAGGUCAUCCGGUUCACCCACACUGAUUCUCGACUUACAAAAAAUCUAGCAGUUCCAUCAGUGCUGAAGUUAAGGUGCCGAGCUAACUACAAUGCACUUAGAUACACACGAGAGAUUGAGGAACUGGGGAAAACACUAGUUGAUAGAUUGAAAAAAAUUGUAAAUGUUUCUUCAAUCCUUGGAAAGUUAGAGCAUUUUUCAAAUAAUGACAAGUUUCUUGAAAAAUUGAGUGAUACAAAUGGAUUAACUGAAGAGAAAUUAGAUAAAAUGCUGAAAAGUUUUCUGAAUGAUUUCAAAGAGUUUCAUUUUGUAUUCAACCACUAG